CAUUCUCCAUUGCAUUUUGUCUUGAUACUGGGUGGUUGACUUUUGUGCUUUCCCUUGUUGUGAAUUCUUCGUAGAAGACAAGCGCUGGAAAACGGAAGCGUAUGGAGCAGUGCAACCGUAGGCUGGAGCUCGGCCUUCUUGACGAAUUAGAUGAAGACGAUGAUGACUGCCUUGUACUACAAUCUGAAGGAAGGAAGAUGGAAAAACAGCUGGCACGCUGCCAAAUGGAGCUUCAUCGCUACAGAAAAGCUAACUUAGCCCUUCAGGAAGCUCUGGCUGCAAAAGUGAUCGAGGCAGACUUCCUGAGGACAUCACUUCACUGUGGUUGCUGCCAACGACGUGUUAUGAUGCCAGGUGGUCAGGUCCACAAUCAGCCCGUAGUGGUCAGCACCUUUGAAGGAGCUACAGCCGGCAAGGGCGUUCUCAGGUGGGGUGGUGACUGUACCAUCCCUGAAGCCACCAUUAGUACCUUUGAAGGAGCUGCAACAAGUAAGGCCGUUGCCCUGAGGGUUGAUGACGCUCCCAUGCCUACAACCGGCAUCAGUGCCUUCGAAGGAGUUACAACAAGCAAUAACGUUCCUGGGCAGGCUGACUCUGUGACAUGUGGCAUGGCCUGGGAGACUGACAGUGGAGGCGCAUUGGAAACUGGCACCGGAAUCCCUCAAGAUGCUGCAGAAAUGGAGCGGGAACCUUUGAUGUGCAUCGGAAGUCCUGUGCAGACGGCAUGAUGCGAUACCCGCAGAAAUGCUCAACGUGGCUUUGGCGUCACAAGUGAUAGCAGGCAUAACGUGGAAUGCCAGGAGGAACGGUUUCACAGUGGAUCAGCUGGGAAGCAGUGCAUUGUUUCUCC